AUGGCUACGCCACCUACCAAACCCAGCGGAGGCGGCCUCUCCCUCUACGCCGACCUCCUCGAGCCCGACAGGCAGAAAUCUGCUGGCGCCGGCACCAUUUCGAGCGCGCCAGUCAGAUACGACAUCCAGCGCUCUGGUAGCGCCGGCGAAGAGGAUGCCGCUGUGCAGCAGAAGAAGAAAGAUGCAUCCCUCAAGUUCCAGCCUAUCAAGCGGCCGCAGGUGCCUCAGAAGGCCAAGCCUAAGACAGCAUCUUCAAGCUCCUCUGCGCAUCGACUCUCGUCGAGUGUAAGCACAUCGGCUGUGACGGCGAGCUCUCCGGACAGGCCACAACAGCAAGGCGGGCAGCUAUCGUCUACACCAUCCCAGCAGCCACCCAGCCUGCAGAAAUCGAACUUUGAGGAUUGGGUAGGCGAUGGAGAUGAUGACUUCUACUACCAGGACAACCGCGCGCGCGGUGGAAGGAAGAAGCGCAAGAAGAACAACAAGCCGCAGGAACGCGCCUGGGAUUGGGACGACAUUUAUGAUCCUACGAUGCCCAACAACUAUGCAGAUUACAAAGGCUCGGAGGAGCAGCAUCGGGAAAUGAGAGAGUGGAAGGCGAGGCUGUAUCACCAUCAGAUGAAGGAAGCGCGGAGGGCAGAGAGGAAUGGUGCAGGUGAACGCGACAAUGGCGAACAGCCAUCUAAGCCGAACAUGAUGUUUGCGCUACCAGCAAACCUCAACUUUGCUCCGCCAAGCUUCGAUGCUGCACCACCUCCCCCACCUGCAGAAGACGGUGAUGACUACUACCCCCCACCAGUCGAUACCGAUGAGGGAGAGAGGUCCCGCCAGUCCAUGCCAAAUUUAGCGCCACCACCAGCAGCGUUCGACAACGCCAUGGCAGGUGAGAGCUACAUUGGUCGAGCGCAAAUGGGUGGUAUCGCGGGCGCCCAUUCAGCUUCGUCACCGCUUGACGCUCAGUCUGCGGCCAUGUCACCCCCAUAUGCUCCUCCACCCGUCUCCGAUGCGGAAGAUGACGAUCUUGCAGCCAAGAAAGCCGAAGCGCAGGCUAAGAUCGCCGCCUUCAAAGCGAAGCAUCUUCAGAAGCAGAAAUCCAAGGGCGAAGCUGCGGCCGCAGUUCCUGCGCCAUCACUGCCUGCGACCGCGAACGUACUCGUCAACCCAGCUGCGACGCAAGAGUCGCAAGCUCAGACACCUGAUCCGCCUACGUCCAUCAUCUCCCGUGCGCCGGUCCGCUAUGAGGUCCCACCUCCUCCGCCAGACGACCCAACUGGAGCCGAGGAUGUGGAGAUGGCUGACGCUACUACUAAUCAGCCUCUAGCACCUGCCGAGAACCAGCAACGGAAGAUAAUACCUGGCCAGAAAGGUUUCGCCGAACGUGUGAUGAAGAAGUAUGGAUGGGAGGAAGGCCACGGUUUGGGUGCUCAAAGCGAUGGCAUUAUCACCGCCCUUGUCGCCAAGAAACCAGAUAAGCGCAAGAAGCGAUCUCAUGGUCCAGAUGGAAAGUGGUCGGCACCUGCCAACAUGGGAAAGAUUGUUGGUGGCAAGAAAAGGAAGGUCGAGACCAACACAGAGGAAGACGACGCUAGAUUUGGCAAGAUGUCCUCGGUCAUCAAGCUGAGUUCCAUGCUCGAUGGCCUGGACGUGCAACACGAGAUUGAGGAGAACAACAUCAUGCAGGAGAUCGGAGAUGAAAUGGGCGGGCAGUAUGGCAAUGUUGAAAGGGUCUUCAUCUGGCGAGAAGCAAUGGGUGGAACGGACGAGGUCUUCAUCAAGUUCACGAGUCAGUUGAGCGCUUUGAGGGCAGUGAAUGCGAUGAGCGGAACGGAAUUUGCGGGAAAUGAGGUAAAAGCACAAUUCUGGGAUGAAGAUAAGUGGGCGAAGGAGGAGUAUGCUUGA